AUGGCUCCCGCCCUCACUGAAACAGUCAGCCUUCGGGCCCCGCCUGUUUCCCUCCCGCUGAAGGCAGACAGUGGCUACAACAAGGAAAACUUGAUCGGAUACAAGAUCGAAAAGGAGCGGGAAAUCAAAGGCACGGACAAGGUACCGCCUUUAUCCUAUCCGGAGUAUCUGCCCGUUUGGGAUAACGAGACAGAAAGAUAUCCACCACUGGAGCUCUUCGAGCACUAUGACCACGGCAAAGAUGCCGACCCUUCUUUCCCAGACCUGCUACCUAAGGGCCAAGUCGAGAUCGACCAUAUCACUCCCUACAUUGGCUCUGAGAUCCAUGGUGUGCAACUAAGCCAACUUUCGGAUAAGGGCAAGGAUCAAUUAGCCCUCUAUGUUGCACAGCGACGAGUGGUCGCCUUCCGCGACCAGGACUUUGCGUCCCGUCCAAUUCAAGAAGUUGUCGACUAUGCCGGCUACUUUGGCCGACACCACAUUCACCAGACCUCGGGGGCCCCCAAGGGGUUCCCAGAGAUCCACCUUGUCUUUCGCGGUGCUGAAGACCGCAUGGGCGAGACCUUCCUGAAGCAGCGCACCAACACGAUCACAUGGCACUCUGAUAUCACCUUCGAGAAGCAGCCCCCCGGCACAACUUUCUUGUACACCCUUGACGGCCCCACCAGUGGUGGGGACACCCUGUUCGCCGACAUGGUCCAGGCAUACAAGCGCCUGUCGCCUGGCUUCCAGGAACGACUCCACGGAUUGAAGGCCGUACACUCCGGCCUCGAGCAGAUUAAUGCUAGUUUGAAUCGUGGCGGCAUUGCCCGCCGUGAUCCUGUUACAUCAGAGCAUCCCAUUGUUCGGACUCACCCGGUAACCGGCGAAAAGGCACUUUACGUGAACCCUCAGUUCACCCGUUACAUUGUUGGAUACAAAAAAGAGGAAUCAGACAACCUCCUCAAGUUCCUGUACGACCACAUCGCCUUGUCGCAGGACAUUCAGGCUCGUAUUCGCUGGAGGGCUGGUACCGUCGUUGUCUGGGAUAACCGCGUGGUAUGCCAUUCUGCCGUUUUCGACUGGGAGGAUGGCCAGCGCCGACACGUCGCUCGUCUCACACCCCAGGCUGAGCCUCCCUAUGAGACACCCUUUGAUGGAUAG